GCUCGAUAAAUGGUUCUGAGAAGUGAUAUUAAGCGCUGUAUAUUUAAGAAUAGAAGUUUGCCGUCAAAUUAUUUUCUGCAAGUCACGUCCGAAUGUCAUUAUGCAAAUGAGCCAGUCGGCGGUAACAUGCAGUGUGUUAACAAGAUCACGGUUCGGAUGUCUCUACCAUUGAAAACCUGUUGCCAUAGAGACGGUUGCCAUUAGCGAUGGCGGAAGACGAGCCCAUGGACCCCACGGGGCCUAACUUCGAGGUGGAGUGCGCUCCGCGGAACGGGGGGUCCACGUGUCGCACGUUCACGGACGGAGGUCACGCGGAAGAGGCACUGGGAGUGAUGAACAUGCUGAGGGAACAUCACCAGCUCUGCGACGUCACGCUCAAGGUGACGUACCAGGACAAGAAGGACACGUUCCUUGCCCACAAGGUGGUCCUCGCGGCCGCCAGCCCCUACUUCAAGGCCAUGUUUACAGGCGGGCUGAAGGAGUGCGAAAUGCAGGAGAUACCCAUUGAGGGUGUUCACCCCUGCGUUAUGAACCAGCUUAUCGGGUUCGCGUAUACCUCACAGAUCACCCUAAAGGACAUGACGGUUCUUCAUGUCAUGACUGCGUCAGUUAUGUUCCAAAUGACCAGAGUAGCCAAGCUUUGUUGCGAGUUUUUGGAGGACCAGUUGGAUCCUAGUAACGCGAUCGGGAUCGCGAACUUUGCCCAGGAGCUUGGGUGUAAGAAACUGGAAGAGAAAGCGCGAGAGUUCAUUUACACGAACUUCUGCGAGGUUUGCGAGAGUGAGGAAUUCAUGAUGCUAUCGGCUUGCCAGCUGCUGAACCUGAUCAACAGAGAUGAACUGAACGUGCGUUGCGAGUCUGAAGUCUACAAGGCCGCCAUGCGAUGGGUUACGUACGAUCUAGAUGAACGUAAGCAGUGCAUAUACCCUCUGCUUGAAGCAGUGCGGUGCCACAAACUCAACCCCGAGUUUAUCAAGAAAAGCCUAUCGGCGUGCCCCAUAGCGACUAGGAAUCCUGAGUGUAACGAAUACUUGUGUAAGAUCUUACAAGACUUGACGCUGCACAAGCCUAGAUGUCUGAAGGUUAAGCAAAGGACUCCUCUGGCUCCGCAUGUGAUUUUCAUCGCGGGUGGGUACCUGAGACAAUCGCUGGCGACGAUGGAGGCAUACAACCCUGAGAAGAACACGUGGACCAGACUUGCCGAUCUGCCCAUGCCCAGAAGUGGUUUGGCUGCAGCUGUAGUACAUGGCUUCUUCUAUGUUAUAGGAGGGCGAAACAACUCCCCAGACGGCAACAUGGACUCCAACUCCCUUGAAGGCUACAACCCGUACACCAACAGUUGGCAGUCGUACACUCCCAUGUCCAUCCCUCGUAACCGUGUGGGGGUGGGGGUCAUCGAUGACUACAUCUACGCGGUAGGAGGGUCACAGGGCUGUAUGCACCACAACACGGUUGAGAAGUAUGAUGCAAACCAGGACAAGUGGACAACUGUGGCUCCCAUGAAGACACGUAGGAUCGGUGUGGGUGUAGCUGUGCUGAACAGACUACUGUACGCUGUUGGAGGUUUUGAUGGUACAACCCGUCUGAGGUCGAUGGAGUGUUACCAUCCUGAGAACAACGAGUGGCAGUUUGUCACCUCCAUGAACGUGCCCAGAAGUGGAGCAGGAGUGGUAGCCCAGGACCAUCACAUCUAUGCGAUCGGAGGUUAUGACGGCAUGAGUCAGUUGAACUCAGUAGAGAAGUACGACAUCAACGCCAACACCUGGGAGUUUGUGGCCUCCAUGAAGAAACAGAGAAGUGCCCUGUCUGUCACAUCGUUUGGCGGCAAGAUUUACGCACUGGGUGGUUAUGACGGUACAGACUUCCUGGAGUCCGUAGAGGUCUACGACCCUCAGACCAACGAGUGGACCAUCUGUGCCAGCAUGAGCAGUGGGCGGAGCGGGUCAGGCGCUGCCGUGGGAAUAGAACCCUGCACCAAAGGACCCUCAUGACCUUUGCCCUGACCCUACUUCCUGUGGGUCAGAGUGCAAGGGUCAGUUCCACCUGUGUUAUUAAUAGAGUUUAUAUCAUUUAUCAGGGAGAAUGUUGUGUUUUUUUUCUUAAUUUGUGAAAAAAAGGAGAAGAACAGCUUGCUGCUUGAGAAAAUUUUAUAAUAAUAAUUGCUCUUCCUCAUGCAAGUUUCUUUCUGAGUGAUUAUUAGAUUAAUAGGUUGAGUAUCAAAUUUCAACAUUAAGGAGGGUCUACCUAAGACUAAAAUUAAUGGUGCAGAACAUAUUGAAUGUACAUGUAGCAUCAACUAUGGAUUACUGAAGUACUCUUGUCCAUGCUCAGAUAAUCAU